AGCGAAAUGAACUCACCCGAGAAGCUCCCGCACAAGCAUCUCUAUAAGCAAUUAUUCAUUAGAUAGAUAUAGAUACUGUGGGUGCUCGCACGCAGUUCGCAGCAGUUCGAGGCUACGCGUGAACCAAAGGACCAUACAAAAUACAAAUAUACAAAAAUACUGACAGACGGGAAAACGAGCUUUUUGAAACAUGGCACGAUAAGACAGCCAGAUGCCUUUGAUUCUGCUACCACGAUGCGAGACCAAAAGCUGGAAAUGACAGCGCAAUCGAUUCCAAAAAGUUGAGACCCAACAAACGACACAAGCAAAAGCUGUCAAUAUGACAUGUUUUACGCGCGUCGGAGUAUCCUGUAGUCUGUUCUUUUUCCUACUGGGCGCCCAGCUACAAUUGAUUCGAUGUAUUCGAAAGGAUGUACUAGCUGGCCGCCUGGAGAAUGUCACCCAAACAAUAUCAAACAUACUGCAAGGAUACGAUAUUCGACUCAGGCCCAAUUUCGGAGGAGAGCCCCUACACGUCGGCAUGGAUUUGACCAUAGCCAGCUUUGAUGCCAUAUCAGAAGUUAACAUGGAUUAUACGAUAACAAUGUAUUUAAAUCAGUACUGGCGCGACGAGCGUUUGGCAUUUAAUAUCUUUGGACAAUAUUUCGACGACGAGAAUGACGACGGCAUAAGCGAUGUGCUUACAUUAUCCGGAGACUUUGCUGAAAAGAUAUGGGUACCGGAUACGUUUUUCGCCAAUGAUAAAAACAGUUUUCUGCACGAUGUCACCGAAAGGAAUAAACUGGUGAGGCUUGGCGGCGAUGGAGCUGUUACUUAUGGCAUGAGGUUCACCACAACACUCGCCUGCAUGAUGGACCUGCACUACUAUCCAUUGGACUCCCAGAAUUGCACUGUGGAAAUUGAGAGCUAUGGAUAUACUGUCAGCGAUGUGGUCAUGUACUGGAAGCCAACGCCAGUGCGCGGAGUGGAGGAUGCGGAGCUGCCACAGUUCACCAUCAUUGGGUACGAGACCAAUGACCGGAAGGAGCGGCUGGCCACUGGAGUCUAUCAGCGCCUCUCGCUUUCAUUCAAACUGCAACGGAAUAUCGGAUACUUUGUAUUCCAGACCUAUCUGCCCAGCAUUCUGAUCGUAAUGCUGUCGUGGGUCUCGUUCUGGAUUAACCACGAGGCGACAAGUGCCCGGGUUGCAUUGGGUAUCACCACGGUGCUCACCAUGACCACCAUCAGCACGGGUGUUCGCAGCUCACUGCCGCGUAUAUCGUAUGUGAAGGCGAUCGACAUUUAUCUGGUCAUGUGCUUCGUUUUCGUGUUCGCAGCCCUCCUGGAAUACGCUGCCGUUAACUAUACUUACUGGGGCAAAAGGGCUAAAAAGAAAAUAAAGAAGGUCAAAGAAUGUUGUCCAGGCAAGAUCGGAAAGAGUGAAAGAUCCGAGACGUGUUCAACGACAGAGGACAUUAUCGAGCUGCAGGACGUCCGAAUGAGUCCUAUACCUUCUUUGCGAAGAGGUACCUACAAUGCCACCCUCGACUCCAUCGGCACCGAGACCAUGAAUUUAGGAAAGUUCCCCCCAAGUUUUCGAAUAACUCGUAACUACGGCACCGGGCACAGCCAGCUUAGACGUCGCGCCCAGAGGGGAAUCUCCACCCGCCCACGCAUGUUGCAUGCACUCAAGAGAGGUGCCUCUGCUAUUAAGGCCACCAUACCGAAGAUCAAAGAUGUCAAUAUUAUUGACAAAUACUCCCGAAUGAUAUUUCCGAUUAGUUUUCUUGCGUUCAAUCUUGGCUACUGGCUGUUUUAUAUUCUGGAAUGAUAUAUAUAACGUGAACGAGUAAUCAAUUCCCCUAGAAUUCCCAAACAGAACCAUGAGACCCAAAUACGACUUUUUAUAACCUCCAUAAUAAAGAUUGACUUCGCCAUAGUAUUUGGGCGUACCUGAA